AUGGCUACCAACGGCUCUUUCUCGCACUACCACGCUGCCUCUACGGAGGAGGCCAUUCAGGCCGAGAAGAAUUAUGCUGCUCACAAUUAUCACCCAUUGCCUGUCGUGUUUGCCCGCGCUCAGGGCACUUCCGUAUGGGACCCUGAGGGGCGCCACUAUCUCGACUUCCUCUCCGCCUACUCUGCUGUGAAUCAGGGCCAUUGUCACCCUAAGUUAGUCGCUGCUCUUGUUGAUCAAGCUUCGCGAGUUACGCUCAGCUCGCGCGCGUUCUACAAUGAUGUUUUCCCUCGCUUUGCUCAGUUCGUCACUGAGUACUUCGGCUUCGACAUGGUCCUGCCCAUGAACACAGGUGCCGAGGCCGUUGAGACAGGUAUUAAGAUUGCUCGCAAAUGGGGCUACAAAGUCAAGGGCAUCCCGGAGAACCAGGCGGUGAUUUUGAGCGCCGAGAACAACUUUCACGGUCGGACAUUCGCUGCCAUCUCGCUGUCCUCUGACCCCGAAUCGCGGGAGCACUAUGGCCCUUACCUUCCCGGCAUUGGAUGCACCAUCCCCGGUACUGAGAAGCCCAUCGCAUACAAUGACAAGGCUGCUCUGCGCGAGGCCUUUGAGAAAGCUGGAUCCAACCUGGCUGCCUUCUUAGUUGAGCCUAUCCAGGGUGAGGCUGGCAUUGUCGUCCCUGAUGUGGAGUACUUGCAAGAGGCUCGCGCUUUGUGUGACAAGCACAAUGUCCUUUUGAUUUGCGAUGAGAUCCAGACUGGUAUCGCCCGUACUGGCAAGCUACUUUGCCACGAGUGGAGCGGAAUUAAGCCCGACCUCGUCCUGCUGGGCAAGGCCAUCUCGGGCGGUAUGUACCCCGUCUCAUGCGUGCUUGGCAGCAAGGACGUCAUGCUCACGAUCGAGGCCGGAACCCAUGGUUCGACCUAUGGCGGUAACCCCCUGGGCUGUGCCGUCGCAAUCCGUGCCCUGGAGGUUGUUCGUGAGGAGAACAUGGUGGAGCGAGCUGAGACGCUCGGCCAUCUCUUCCGCAAGGGCCUGGAGGAUAUUAAGAGUCCUCUUAUUCAGACAGUCCGCGGAAAGGGUCUGCUGAAUGCUAUUGUUAUUGACGAAUCUAAAACAAAUGGACACUCUGCUUGGGAUCUUUGCAUGCUGAUGAAGGAGAAGGGCUUGCUGGCCAAGCCAACUCACCAGAACAUCAUACGUCUGGCUCCCCCGUUGGUCAUCACCGAAGAGGAGAUCCAGCAGUCGCUCAACAUUAUCAGCCAAGCUGUGGCCGAGCUCCCAACACUCAAAGGCGCGGCCGAGGAGCACGUCAUUCCUCCUCCAGAGAAGAAGGUCAAGAUCGGCCUCGAGAACUAA